GCAUUUGGUAUUUUCAUGUUUUGAACGGAUUCUGCAUUUUUGUAAUCGCAGAUUUAACCGAAAUAUGACCUCUCGUUGAAGAAAUGUUAUUCAACACCUGUUUAUUUGCAGAGGAAGAGAGAAUUAGCCCAGAAUGUUUCGUGUGUAAUAUAGUCUCAAGGAUUAGUACACUUGUGUUAUGUAAAAUGUAUAAGUUUAAGUGUGUACAAAACAACGUGAUGUAACACUGAAUGGCAGUGAUUCGAGCUAUUAAGGAUAACAUAGCAAACAAUGAAAAAUGGCUAUUGAAACUUCAAGGACUGGUGAUCGGGUAGUGCUUGGGAAUUUGUUAAUUAAUCAGAAAUUUCAUACAAUUAUAAGAAGAAAACAAGUUGGAAAUGGAAUUUAGUGCGAAAAGAAAAGGGACAACAAAACACUGUGCUUAUGGAACGUGCAAUAGUGACUCGAGAUACCCAGACAGGCCAGGAAUUGAAAAUGUUUUUUUCAUAAGAUUUCCGCAAAAUAAAAGGGAGCCUGAGAAGUGCAUUCGCUGGGCAAAUGCAUGUAGCCGGAGAGAUUUUGAUGCAAGUCGUGUGAGAAAAGACACAUAUAUUUGCAGUUUACAUUUUGUUGGUGGAAAUGGCCCCUCGGAAGACCACCCAGAUCCGUUGCCUGCAAAUGCAACUAAAUAUGAUAUUGCUCGUAUUUCAAAGACUCCUCGGAGGAAAAUUUUACGAAAUAUACAAACUACUUCACAGAAUACAUGCAUGAAGAGAAAAUUAAACAAGGUGGACCAUUUUGAAGCUGCGGAGAUACUUUUAUCUUUAAGUAAUCAGGAGGAAAAAGAGAACAAACAUCAGGAGUUAGCACCUGUUAACAAACGGCAUUGCGUUAAUGGGAUUCAAACAGCUGAAAGAAGUUCCGAGGCAGAAAAUGUCUUGUUUACUGCAAGCAAAAUGCAAGAGGCGUGCACUCAGACAACACCUGUAGCUACAGCAGAAAUUUCAUUAAAAAUACAAAACAAGAUAUUAGAAAAUGAAAACAGAAUUUUGAAGGUUCAGUUAGAAUCUAUGGAUUGUAGGAAAACAACAGUGAACAAAAAAUUGUUUGAUCAGUCGCAAGCCCUCUCUGAUAAAGGUAGCCAUGGUAACAAUGAUAAAAACAGUAGAUUUUUCUCCACGUAUGACAUUGAAAAUGAUGACAAAAAAUGUAAAUUUUUCACCGGUCUAACAUGGCUAAGAUUUCUUCUAUUGUUCAACUUUUUGUCCCCAGCUGUUACUCAUUUACAGUAUUGGAAUAGAACAGCACAAGCUGAAUUUUGUGUAAAACCAAAAGAUGCUCUUUUGUUGUCAUUAAUGCGACUUCGAGGAGGUUAUACUAAAAAGACUUGGCAUAUAGAUUUGGAGUUGGUGAGUCUACUGAUUCCAAAGUUGUGUUGACUUGGAUACAGUUUAUGUAUAAACAGUUUAUCCCUCUAAAGCAACUCAUGUUUUGUGAAAGGAGUAAUUUACAGGAAAAUGUUCCAUUGUGCUUUAAAAAGUACAAAAACAUCAGAUGUGUAAUAGACUGUACUGAAUUUUUUGUCAACGACCAGGAAAUUUCCACCGACAAGGCAAUUUAUACUCCAGCUACAAAUCACAUACAACAUACAAGGUUCUUGUUGCUGUUGCGCCAAAUGGAGCAAUUGUUUUUACAAGCGAUGUAUUUGAUGGUUCGAUCUCCGAUCGUGACAUUAUAGUUGAAAGUGGUUUUUUGGACUUCUUAAAUCCCGGAGACACUGUAAUGGCGGAUAGAGGCUUUAACAUUAAAGAUUUGUUAAAUGAACGGAAGGUGGAUUUAAUUAUUCCUCCUUUUCUAGCAGGAAGAAAGUCGUUCUCACCCCAGGAAGAGGCAUUGACGAAAGACAUUGCAAAACAUCGUAUUCAUGUAGAGCGUGCAAUAGAACGGAUUAAAAAGUUUAAAUUGCUUCAAAAAGUUAUACCGCUGUCAUUACAGCCUGUUCUUACACAAAUUGUUUUUGUUGUAGGUUGUUUAGUGAACUUUCAGGAACCUAUAGUGAAGUGAUAAUUUUAACAAGUGUGACAGAUAUUAUUAAGCUAUUAUUGAGUUAUAACAUUACACAUAUGUUGAAAUUGUAGAUGUAUGCUCCAAAGCAAUACUCUUUAAAAGGGUCUGGAUAAUUUUUAGAUAUGAAUCAUGAAUCAGUAGAAAUAAUUCAAAGCAAAAUUCAAAGACAAACAUUAUGUUUCUUACUGUUUUAAUUACAUGUGCAAUAUAGUUGCCAAUGGUAAAUACAUAUGUGAGAAACAAUUAAGAAGUUAUUUAGAUAUUUUCAACUUGUAUAGUUUAUUUACAGUUUCAUACAAAUGACAAUUUUAUGAUGUCAAACGUAAAGUGUACAAGUAUUAAUAUGCAAAAAUGUUAUAACAUCACAUAUAUAACAUAAAUACGAAGUUUGAUUGAAAUCUGCUUUUUGGGAUUUUCCAUACAAACAUGAAUUGUUUUACUAAUCAGAGACUGUGUUAUGUAAUAAUAUUGUUUAUAAAUGACAAUAAAAAUCAUCAUUAAUU